AUGAUCUCUUCAAACCAGCCUACUUACCAUGACCCAGGGCAGUUAAUCAGCUUCACAAAUCCUGGAAGUGCUUGCACACGAUCUGCUGAGAAGGCUGCAAUAAACUCCUCUAAGCUACUCAGCCAAAAUCUUAGGCUUAUAGGGGGUUGCACAGAAUGCGAAGAAGUCCCAUCACUCGGCCAUUUACCAAAUCUUAGGCUUGUUCAUUUGGAAGGCAUGCAUAAGCUUAAAUGUGCUGGAGCUGAGUUUUAUGGUACGAAAAGGAAAGAGACGGGGGUGGCUUUGUUUCCAGCACUGAAGCUCAACUAUUGA